AUGAAAUUAGAGGGUGAUUUUCAUCUUAGAAGAGAAGGUGGGUUGCGAAUGGAAGGUUUUGUGACCGCAAGGGCGCUAUCCACCUGAUAACAUUGGCACUUCAAUUCUGAUUGAUGGCUUCCUCACUUUCCUCCAUUAUCAAUCAACCUCACAUUGCUCAACGCUUCAAGCUUCGUCGUUCGUCUUCACUCACUACUCUUACAAUCUUCCACCACAAACGCAAACACCAAUAUCAACCCAAUGCUUCUUUUCCACACGCCUAUGGCUAUCGAGCCUCAACAUCAUCGUCACGCCCUCUCAAUCUCAUCAUCCCCUCCAGAACCUUCUCUCGUUCCAACUCUCUUCAUCAUUUCAUCCCUCAAGCCACACUUACUGUUUCCGAGGCUCAACCUCAGCUUGUACCAGAUAUUGAAGUUCCUUCCACUGGUCGUAUAUAUCAUGAGACUUAUGGAUGUCAAAUGAACGUUAAUGAUAUGGAGAUUGUCCUGUCUAUAAUGAAAAAUGCUGGUUACAGUGAAAUUGUGAGUGUUCCUGAGAGUGCCGAAAUAAUAUUCAUCAAUACUUGUGCUAUCAGAGAUAAUGCAGAACAGAAAGUAUGGCAGAGGCUUAAUUAUUUUUGGUUUCUUAAGAGACAUUGGAAGAGCAAUGUUGCUACUGGAAGGUCACAAUCCCUGCGUCCUCCAAAAGUAGUAGUUUUGGGAUGUAUGGCUGAAAGGUUAAAGGAAAAGAUACUUGAUGCAGACAAAAUGGUUGAUGUGGUCUGUGGGCCUGAUGCUUAUAGGGAUUUGCCACGAUUACUGGAAGAGGUUGACUAUGGCCAGAAAGGGAUCAAUACUCUUCUUUCGCUUGAGGAGACUUAUGCUGAUAUUAAUCCAGUUCGAAUCUCCAAGAACUCAGUUACUGCUUUUGUCUCAGUGAUGAGGGGUUGCAACAAUAUGUGCUCAUUUUGUAUUGUACCUUUCACUAGAGGCAGAGAGAGAUCCCGUCCAGUGGAAUCAAUUGUGAGAGAGGUGGCAGAGCUUUGGAAAGAGGGUGUGAAAGAAGUUACACUUCUUGGCCAGAAUGUGAACAGCUACAAUGAUGCAUCUGGGAUUGAGAAAGAAGUUGAGCCAGGGUCCAAUUGGAAACAUAGUGAAGGAUUUUCCAGCUUGGCUAAGGUAAAAAAAAUGGGCUUAAGGUUUUCUGAUCUACUGGAUCGACUCUCCAUGGAGUUUCCUGAAAUGCGAUUCAGAUUCACGUCUCCACACCCUAAAGAUUUUCCUGAUGAAUUGCUUUAUCUAAUGCGAGAAAGACAUAAUAUAUGCAAAUUGAUACAUUUACCUGCACAGACAGGAAAUAGCAUGGUGCUUGAGAGAAUGAGACGUGGAUAUACUCGUGAGGCUUACUUGGAUCUUGUGGAAAAAAUUCGAAGAAUUAUUCCAGAUGUGGCUUUAAGUAGCGAUUUCAUUUGUGGAUUUUGUGGAGAAACAGAGGAGGAACAUUCUGACACGUUGACUCUCGUAAAAGCUGUUGGUUAUGAUAUGGCAUUCAUGUUUGCUUAUAGCAUGAGGGAGAAAACUCAUGCCCACAGAAAUUAUGUGGAUGAUGUUCCUGAGGAAAUAAAGCAGAGGAGGCUAACUGAACUCAUUGAGGCAUUCCGCGAGAGCACAGGAAAGUGUUAUGAUUCUCAGGUUGGAACUACACAGCUUGUAUUAGUGGAAGGACCCAAUAGAAGAUCACCAGAUACCGAGCUUCUGGGCAAGAGUGACAAGGGCCAUCGAGUGUCAUUUGUCAAUAAGCCAAUCCCAGACAGGGAAGAUGUUAAUACAAAGCGAAAUCCUGUAGUUGGUGAUUAUGUUGAAGUCCACAUAUCAAGAUCUACGAGGGCAACACUCUUUGGUGAAGCACUCGCUAUAACUAAACUUAGUUCAUUUUACAAUAAUCUGGAUAAAGAAGCUGUUGCAUGCAGCAUGUAGAAGAACCUUGGAGCAUAGGCAAUUUGUUAUGGCAAUUUUUGGAUAUCGUCAAUCAUUAAUUGCUGUUUCUCAUUUUGCUGACUGCAUAACAUGACAACACAUUUUAUGGAGGAAAACACUGCAAGGGAGUGAGAGAAUGUCAGCUAGAUCAAGAUUGUAUGUAUUAUUUGUUAAUCUUCUCUUUACAUGAGAAAGGUUUGAGUCUACAUUAAACUAUACAAUAUGGAUUACUGAGAAUCCUAUUGGCAAUGCAACAUCAAAAUCAAAUAGCCUUAGGGAGGAUUCUUUGUGAUUUUUGUCUAUUAAGAUAAGUGAGGUCUGAUGAAGCAUAAGGAAGAAUGUGGCUUUUGGCCCCCUCACAUUCUUAGUUUAAGGAGAACAUCAGGAGUCUAAUGAGCCUAAGGUCAUCAUUGAUCAAAUUGUCAUAAUAAUUAGUUUUUUUAUUGCUCUCUCUUCUGUUCUUGGAGUUGCAAAGGGAAAGAUGAUUUAUUAAAUGUUAAAGGAGUAUGGAGGCAAUUGCUAG